AUGGAAUUUGGGUCUCACAAAGAAUCAGGCCACCUGAAUUUUCUUAAAGAAACAAACUCUGUGUCUCCAAUUCAAUCAGCUGCAGCGGAGCAGAUCUUACGGAAGCGAAAACAAGCUGAGAUGAUCCUUCACCAUCCUAAACAGGAACCGAGUUGUCGGGGGGAAUAUGAAGACGAGAUCACACGCCGGGCGCACAAACAACAAUUCAUUGAUGUUGAUGAGCUGUGGAAAGGGCAUAUCCAUAUGGAAGAAUUGCUUGGAAAUUUUGAAACUGUUGGGAUAAUCUUUGAGCUCUGGUUGAAGCAGCAACCGAGCCAACAAGGGUGGUUAUCGUAUAUUGAGUUCGAGUUGAAAUAUAAUGGAGCAAAGAGCGCUCGGGGGAUAUUCGAAAGGUUUGUUGAGUGGUUACCUGAAAAUUGCUCCUCCUGGAUUAAAUAUGCAGCAAUGGAGAGAUCUUCAGGUGAAAGUGAGCGAGCCAGAAUGAUUUUCCAGCGUGCUUUUGACCUACCCGCACUAGACAGGCCUGAUUUGUUAUGGAAAGCGUAUGUUGAUUUUGCCAAGUUUUCUAGCAUUGGCGAGGUUGCUGCUGAUGUUGAUCAAUUGUUAAAGAAACUCAAAAGUAAAAAACAAUGGAGAAGAUUGAGUUCGCCUUGGAUGAUGGAUUCAACGAAAAACAAGAAGAAGAACGAAAGGGUGAAAAAGCAGACAUCACCUCAAAUGAGACUUGGAAGGUGCAGCGGAAAAUUUGUUCAAAAAAUGAAGAUCUUUUUAGAUAUUAACGAAAUCUGUCAUUUUGAUUACUUCCUCUUGCUUUCUGUUUAG